AUGGAUGGCCCGGCGCGGGGCCAUGGACUCCGCAAGAAGCGGCGGUCGCGGUCGCAGCGAGACCGGGAGAGGCGCUCCCGGGGCGGGCUGGCGGGCGGCGCGGCGGGCGGCGGCGGGGCUGGCCGGCCCCGGGCGCCCUCGCUCGCCUCGUCGUCGGGCUCCGACAAGGAAGACAAUGGGAAGCCCCCGUCCUCCGCCCCGUCCCGGCCCAGACCCCCGCGGAGGAAGCGGCGAGAGUCCACCUCGGCCGAAGAGGACAUCAUCGAUGGAUUUGCCAUGACCAGCUUUGUCACUUUUGAAGCGCUGGAGAAAGAUGUAGCACUUAAGCCUCAGGAACGUGUGGAGAAACGCCAGACCCCUCUGACCAAGAAGAAACGAGAAGCACUUACCAACGGCUUGUCCUUUCACUCAAAGAAGAGCAGACUCAGCCACCCCCAUCACUACAGCUCGGACCGAGAAAAUGAUCGCAAUCUCUGCCAGCACCUUGGGAAAAGGAAGAAAAUGCCCAAGGGACUCAGACAGCUCAAGCCGGGGCAGAACAGCUGCAGAGACAGUGACAGUGAGAGCGCCAGCGGAGAAUCCAAGGGCUGCCACCGGAGCAGCUCUCGGGAGAGGCUCAGUGAUAGCUCGGCUCCUUCCAGCUUGGGAACAGGCUACUUCUGUGACAGUGACAGUGACCAGGAAGAGAAGGCAUCUGAUGCCGGCUCUGAAAAACUCUUCAACACUGUUGUAAACAAAGAUCCGGAGUCAGGUGUUGGCACGCUGCCCGAACAUGACAGCCGAGAUGCAGGGCCGAUUGUCCCCAAGAUAUCGGGUCUAGAGAGAAGCCAGGAGAAGAGCCAGGACUGUUGCAAAGAGCCGAUCUUUGAGCCUGUGGUGCUUAAAGACCCCUGUCCCCAGGUCCCACAGCCGCUCCCCCCACCCCCCACAGAGCCCCAGCCCCGCGCACCUUCUCCAGGGCCCAACCUGGUGCAGCGCCCUGAGGCCCCAGCUCAGCCCCCACCUCCAAGUACACAGCCACCACAGGCCCCCCCAGAGGCCCAGCUACAGCCCACUCCACAGCCUCAGGCGCAGAGGCCGGCCCGGCCCCAGUCCCCUGGCCAGCUGCUCCACCAGGGCCUGCCACCGGUGCAGGCCCACGCCACGUCUCAGAGCCUCUCCCAGCCGCUGUCCGCCUACAACAGCAGUAGCUUAAGCCUCAAUAGUCUAAGCAGUAGCAGAAGCAGCACUCCGGCAAAGACUCAGCCCGCGCCCCCUCACAUCUCCCACCACCCCUCCGCCUCCCCGUUCCCGCUCUCACUGCCCAACCACAGCCCUCUGCACAGCUUCACACCCACCCUCCAGCCCCCUGCUCACUCACAUCACCCCAAUAUGUUUGCCCCUCCCACGGCUCUGCCUCCUCCACCACCGCUGACAUCAGGGAGUUUGCAGGUGCCGGGACAUCCGGCCGGGAGCACUUACUCAGAGCAAGACAUCUUGCGACAAGAGCUGAACACACGGUUUCUGGCCUCUCAGAGCGCCGACCGUGGGGCCUCGCUGGGCCCUCCGCCCUACCUGCGGACGGAGUUCCACCAGCACCAGCACCAGCACCAGCACACGCACCAGCACACGCACCAGCACACCUUCACGCCGUUCCCCCACGCCAUCCCGCCCGCCGCCAUCAUGCCGACGCCAGCACCUCCCAUGUUUGACAAAUACCCUACAAAAGUUGACCCAUUCUACCGGCACAGUCUCUUCCAUUCCUACCCUCCUGCAGUCUCGGGCAUCCCCCCCAUGAUUCCACCCACUGGCCCCUUUGGUUCACUACAAGGAGCAUUCCAGCCGAAGACAUCCAACCCUAUUGACGUUGCUGCUCGACCCGGGACCGUCCCGCACACGCUGCUGCAGAAGGACCCGAGGUUGACAGAUCCUUUCAGACCUAUGUUAAGGAAACCAGGGAAGUGGUGUGCUAUGCAUGUGCACAUUGCCUGGCAGAUUUACCACCACCAACAGAAAGUCAAGAAACAGAUGCAGUCAGACCCGCACAAGCUGGACUUUGGACUGAAGCCUGAGUUCCUGAGCCGCCCUCCAGGCCCCAGUCUCUUCGGAGCCAUCCACCACCCCCAUGACCUGGCACGGCCCUCAACUUUGUUCUCUGCCGCUGGUGCUGCACACCCAACCGGGACCCCUUUUGGGCCACCUCCUCAUCACAGCAACUUUCUUAACCCCGCUGCACACCUAGAGCCUUUUAAUCGGCCGUCCACGUUCACAGGCCUGGCAGCAGUUGGUGGCAAUGCCUUCGGGGGACUUGGAAACCCUUCAGUUACACCCAACUCAGUGUUCGGCCACAAGGAUGGCCCCAGUGUGCAGAGCUUUAGCAGCCCUCACGAGCCCUGGAACCGGCUGCACCGAACGCCUCCGUCGUUCCCGACCCCUCCGCCCUGGCUGAAGCCAGGGGAGCCGGAGCGCAGCGCGCCCGCUGCAGCUCAUGACAGAGAUAGAGAUGUAGAUAAACGAGACUCCUCCGUUAGUAAAGAUGACAAAGAAAGGGAAAGUGUUGAGAAAAGACACUCCAGUCAUCCGUCACCAGCACCUGUCCUCCCGGUGAACACCCUGGGACACAGCCGCAGCUCCACGGAACAGAUCAGGGGGCAUCUGAAUACUGAGGCUCGCGAGAAAGACAAACCCAAAGAGAGGGAGCGAGACCACGCAGAGUCCCGCAAGGACCCGGCCACCGAUGAGCACAAGGCGAAGGAGGGCCACCUGCCCGAGAAGGACGGGCACGGCCAGGAGGGGCGCGCCGGGGGCGACGAGGCCAAGCAGCUGGCCCGUGGGCCGUCCCCGUACGUGCGGGCCCCCGCUGUGGAGGGCGCCAGGCCCAACAGUACCUCGAGCCGUGAGGCUGACCAGCGCAAGAGCGAGCCGGCCUACGAGCACCCCAAGAAGAGCUCAGAGGUCAAGGUAAAGGAGGAGCGCAAGGAGGACCAUGACCUGCCCCCCGAGGCCCCACAGGCCCACCGGGCCUCGGAGCCGCCACCUCCCAGCUCCUCGUCCAGCGUGCACCCGGGGCCCUUGGCCUCCAUGCCCAUGACGGUGGGGGUGGCGGGCAUUCACCCCAUGAACAACCUCGGCAGCCUGGACAGGACUCGCAUGAUGACACCCUUCAUGGGCAUCAGCCCCAUCCCGGGCGGGGAGCGCUUCCCGUACCCUUCUUUCCACUGGGACCCCAUCCGGGACCCCCUGAGGGACCCCUACCGAGAACUGGACAUCCACCGGAGAGACCCUCUGGGCAGGGACUUCCUGCUGAGGAGCGACCCCCUCCACCGUCUCUCGACUCCCCGGCUGUACGAAGCCGACCGCUCCUUCCGGGACCGGGAGCCUCACGACUACAACCACCACCACCACCACCACCACCACCCCCUGUCCGUGGACCCGCGGCGCGAGCACGAGCGGGGGGCCCACCUGGACGAGCGCGAGCGCCUGCACGUGCUCCGGGAGGACUACGAGCACCCCCGGCUCCACUCGGUCCACCCCGCCUCCCUCGACGGACACCUGCCCCACCCCGGCCUCAUCACCCCGGGGCUCCCCAGCAUGCACUACCCCCGGAUCAGCCCCACCACGGGCCACCAGAACGGGCUGCUCAACAAGACGCCCCCGACGGCCGCGCUGAGUGCCCCGCCCCCGCUCAUCUCCACGCUGGGGGGCCGCCCCGUCUCCCCCCGAAGGACUACCCCUCUGUCCGCAGAGAUGAGGGAGAGGCCGCCGUCCCACACCCUGAAGGACAUCGAGGCUCGGUGAGGGGGGGCGCGGGAGAGGAAGAGGAGCCCCCCGCACGGUGACACCGGACUGUAAACCUAGCGAGCUGACAGACUGAGGGAGCGGCCCCAGCCCUUCCCCUUGUACAAAGUGUAUAGACUCCAGUGCAGAUUUUGAAAUGUUUUUGUAUAUUCUAUGUGGAAAUUUUUCAGAUCUUUUAGCCAAGUCAUCUGUUCUUACGUCUCCUACACUUCUUUUUUUCUCGUAUAAAACUUUGAUUUGAACCAAAACAGUGAAGACCACCACACACAGCAAUUUGAUGAUGAUUUGGGCGGGGGGGUUUCCACACAAUCCACCUGCAAAGCUGUUUCAGAUGAGAAGGGAAGGCCUGUACAUAGUUCUGUAAAAAAAAGACCGCUUCAUGAGCUAACGGUUCAUAUAUGCAAAAGGGUAAGAUGAAAGCUUUACUUUGUACAAAUGUAAAUAGUUAAAGAGUAAGUAACAUAACACGUUAAUACUUCUUAAAAUGUGCUAUUUGCAAACUCACUAUCAGUGAACACGGUCGGCCCGACUGCGUUCCCGUGUGUUGUUAUAGACAGCUAAACCCUUCAACUAUGCAAUGAAUGUCAGGGCUUUUCACCAAAGCCCGCCUAACUCAAAGGAGCCUUUUCCAGUCCAUUUACAGCAUACUUAAGGUCAUAUUUUCCCUGAACAAACGCUUACGUGAUAACGACUCUGUUUUCUUUGCUUGUUUUUUCAAAUGGAGAAACAACUGAUUUUGCAGAUUGGGCCCCAGGCUGGAACUUUGCACCUGAAGUUGCUGGCCAUGGGCGUUGGGGGCGGGGGCAGGUGCGCCCCGGAAAGGCAACUGAGCAGUCAGGCCAGGGAGGAUGGGGUUUGUCAGAUGCCAAAAUCAGGGGCCGGGUGGUGGCAUCCGUCAGGCAUAGGCACGUCACCAGAACCCGGUCCCUGUCACCCGGUCCCCAUCGGUCAGGGGAUGUCAUACACACCUCAUGUGGGAACCAUGCCUUUUCAGUGUGUCCUAUCUCAUAUCUGUACACACUUCCUUGUUUUAUAAAGAGAGUCAGUUACACCCAAACAGAUCCUGAAAGAAAGCUUCAAGUUUUCUCAGAUGAUGGAUAUGUUU